CGGUUUUCUUACCUCUGUAACCUCAGAGGAUCUUCCCCCUCCUCUCUGUAGUCUCUGCCAACGUACAGCCAUCUAGGGUUUGCGCGGCUCUCUCACGUUCUCUGACCGUCCUCCUCCUUCUACUCUUUCAAGUCCUUGCUGUUCUUCCAUUCCUCUGCUGAUUUUUGGUGGAAUCUAGCAAAAGUUGGAGGGGUUCUGGAGAAUGAGAGGUUUAAACUCGGAUCUGUUUGACACGGGAACGGUGAUGGAGUCCGAUCUUUCUUGUCGUGCUUCUUCCUCGGAUGCCGAUUUUGGGUUCGCUUUUAAUGACAGUAACUUCUCCGAUAGGAUUCUCCGGAUCGAAAUUAUCGGUGAUUCUGUUGAGGCAAGGCCCGAUUCUGAAGGGUGUCCCACUAUCGCCGACUGGGCUCGCCAUCGGAAGAGGAGGCGAGAAGAUAUCAAGAAGGAUAAUGUUGUAGAUCUUACAGUAUUGCCUGAUGAACAAAUUCUUAAUGGCAAUCAACCAGAUAUGGAUGACUGCGCACCCUGUGAAAAUCAAGAUGAAGAGGCAGUUGCAAUGGUUGAAGAAUGCGCUUCAGGUGAUGAAGCUGCAAACAGCAAUGACUCAAGCUGGAGCAUGGAUUGCUCUACAAUUGUGAGGGUUAAAACACUACAUAUCAGUUCUCCUAUACUGGCUGCCAAAAGUCCUUUCUUCUAUAAGCUUUUCUCAAAUGGGAUGAAGGAGUCUGAGCAAAGGCAUGUCACCAUUAGAAUUAAUGCAUCUGAGGAGGCUGCCCUUAUGGAGCUUCUGAAUUUUAUGUACAGUAAUACCUUAGGCUCCUUCACUUCUACAGCACCUGCUUUGCUGGAUGUGUUGAUGGCUGCUGAUAAAUUUGAAGUGGCUUCAUGCAUGAGAUAUUGUAGCAGAUUAUUGCGGAAUAUGCCUAUGACACCUGAGUCUGCAUUGCUUUACCUGGAGCUUCCUUCCAGCGUCUUGAUGGCUGAUGCUGUCCAGCCACUCACUGAUGCGGCAAAGCAGUAUCUUGCCACACGAUACAAGGAUAUAACCAAGUUCCAGGAAGAGGUAAUGGCCCUGCCCCUGGCUGGAAUUGAAGCAAUUUUGUCUGGUGAUGAUCUCCAGGUUGCAUCAGAGGAUGCUGUAUAUGACUUCGUGCUGAAGUGGGCUAGAACCCAGUACCCCAAGCUAGAGGAAAGGCGAGAAAUCCUGGGUGCAAGGCUUGCAUGCUUGAUUCGCUUUCCCUACAUGACCUGCCGUAAGCUGAAGAAGGUGCUGACCUGUACUGACUUUGACCAUGAAGUUGCAUCUAAGCUUGUGCUGGAGGCCCUCUUUUUUAAGGCUGAGGCUCCGCACCGGCAGCGGUCGCUGGCUGCAGAGGAUUCUGCUUCCAAGAACCGCCGAUUUGUGGAGCGGGCAUACAAGUACCGACCUGUUAAGGUGGUGGAUUUUGAACUUCCCAGGCAGCAUUGUGUGGUGUACCUGGACCUGAAGCGAGAGGAGUGUGCCAACUUAUUUCCUUCGGGAAGGGUAUACUCUCAAGCAUUUCAUUUAGGAGGACAAGGGUUUUUCCUCUCAGCACAUUGCAACAUGGACCAGCAGAGCUCCUUCCAUUGUUUUGGACUGUUUCUGGGAAUGCAGGAAAAAGGGUCAGUGAGCUUCGCGGUGGACUAUGAAUUUGCUGCGAGGUCGAGACCAACAGAGGAAUUUGUGAGCAAAUACAAAGGGAACUACAAAUUCACAGGGGGCAAGGCUGUUGGAUACAGGAACUUGUUUGCAAUUCCAUGGACGUCUUUCAUGGCCGAGGAUAGCCUUUACUUCAUAAACGGUGUCCUCCACCUUAGGGCUGAGCUCACCAUCAGACGCUAACCAUAAAUCAUAUAUGUGAACUUUUUAUUCUAGGCGGUAGCUUUGACCUUCUCUGUUCAUGUUAAGCAUCUGGAAUCGAAUCAUGUAUAUAUAAUCAAUGUGCUCCCUGGGUCAUUAGUUCCGCUUGAGAUCAGAAAUGAAUUAGGCUUAUUGUCUUCCGCCCAGAAAUAAAUCUCUUAAUAUUCAUUAGGAUUGAAUCCAUUCAAUCAAUAUCC